GAAAAUCUAUUUAAAGAACACGGAUGUGUAAAUAUUUUCUGUCAUCGAAUCAUGGUUUCCUCAACUCGGUAUAGGAUAUUUUCCUCAUGGACAUUUAGUUUAAGGUAUUUCAAGAGCCUACGUAGGAAAAACAAUCCCGAAUGCGUUACGUUCAAUAUCAGCAGUAACUUCAUAGAACGUAAAUAGGAAUGAAAGCAGAAGAAGAUGUUUCUGACACUGACCACUAUAAACAGCUGGAGCAAGACUCAUACCAUUAUUUUGGGAAUCACGAGACUCACGGAGAAGUUGAUCUUCAUAAAAUCUAUGUUACCUGUAAAAAGAACCCAGAUCAUGCUCAGUUUAUACCUAUACAUAAAUUCAGCUUACAACAUCUACCUGACAGUGAUCGUAACAAUGAUUUGUAUGAAUACAUCAAAGCUGUUGCUGAUUUGACGGUGCUAAUAAAUGUGAAAAAGACAAGUCCACACAGACCUCAGUUCUGGCCAAAAACCAGUCACCCUUAUCCCUUUUUCAAAACCAUUGAGAACGAGAAAGAAGAAGAAAUCGCCAUAGCAAAAACAAAAGUGAAAACCGGAAGUGGAAUGGUUUACAAUGUGAGCAAAUUCGAAAACGGGGCAAGACAACGUGGAGGACGACAAGGCAGGAGCUACACGGUGUGUUGGUGUAAACAAUGUGAGCAGUCAGAUUCACCCAGCACCAUUUGGUUUGAAUUUGAUGUCUACACAGCCACACAUGUGGUUUUUGAUGAAAUCGAGGCUAACCACACGUCCUUGAGAUUGUUUCAUGAUAGCGAAAGAAGUCCAAAGGUCUUGAUUGACAAGGUCAGGAUCCACGACGCCUUAGUAGAGUACGAUAGGUGUUGGAUUAAAUGUGUCACAUGCCAGGUCAGUGUGGGAGUUCCAUUGGAACAAAUGUGGACAAAAUACCUUGCUCUUGACAAACAAGUGACUAAGCAAUACACUAAGUCCAGAGAUAAGGACAGGUUGACAUUCGUAGUGUCACAUCCUCAUGGGUGCCCUAAACAUGUGAGUGUCGGCCGCUGGAACAACAUACGGGCCAUCGGUGAAAGUAAAUCUAUCAAAAGAAUAACCUACUCAACGGGUACAUGUCCAGGAAGUAGUGGAGCCAAUGUCCACUGCAUAGGGUACACAGGCGGUAGGUACAGACAGUUGGCCCACAGUGGAAGCUUACCAGACGGGUCAAAUACAAGUGGAGCUGGAUGGGUGAAAUAAUUCACAUAACUUGAUAUUACUUUACUUCAAUGAUGUGUCAUUUAUCAUUUGUAGUUAAAUGUAUAAAAUAUCAUUUGUGCAUUACUAAAUUGAAUCAUAUGUCAUAUGGUGUACAAUUUAUCUAAUGUCGUUUGCAGUACAAUAAGUACAAUGUUAUUAGUGGCCUUGUAAAAUGUAUCAAAUUCCAUACGAUGUAAAAUAAUCAAAUGUCAUUUGCAGUACAAUGUAUAAAAUGUCAUUUGUAGUAUAAUUUUCAAAUGUAAUUUGUAGCCCAUGACAAUAAAAUGUUAUGUGUAGCACAAUGUAUCAGAUGUUAUUUGUAGCCUAUGACAAUGUCAUAGUAGUGUAGUACAAUGUAUCAGAUGUCAUGUGUAAUGUCAUAUAUCAGAAAUAACAUGUAGUACAAUAAAAUCAUGUAUAAUACAAUGUACCAGAUGUCAUGUGUAGUACAAUGCAUCAGAUGUCAUUAUAAUAGAAUAUAUCAGAUGUCAUGUGUAGUACAAUGUAUCAGAUGUCAUUAUAAUAGAAUAUAUCAGAUGUCAUGUGUAGUACAAUGUAUCAGAUGUCAUUAUAAUAGAAUAUAUCAGAUGUCAUGUGUAGUACAAUGUAUCAGAUGUCAUUAUAAUAGAAUAUAUCAGAUGUCAUGUGUAGUACAAUGUAUCAGAUGUCAUGUGUAGUAGAAUGUUUCAGAUGCCACGUGUAGUACAAUGUAUCAGAUGUCAUGUAUAAUAAAUAUAUCAGAUGCCAUGUGUAGUACAAUAUAUCAGAUGUCAUGUGUUGUAGAAUGUAUCAGAUGUCAUGGGUAG